AUGUGCGCUAAACUCCUCAAAGUUAUUGAACCUCUGUUCGACAUUCAUCAGGGAGCUGAGCAGCCUCAGCAGCGCAUUUUGGGGUCCCUGACGUGUCUGGCCCGUCGCGCAACGGCUUCUGCAGAGGCGGGCGACUCUCGAGGUGUAACCGCGGCAGUAGUAGCGUUUCUGAGGGAUUACAGGGUUGCUUUAAGCACUACGGAUGCCUAUCAUAUGCAACAAAGGGCAGGAGGGGCGGAUCGGAGGGAUGCAACAGAGGCAGCGCGCGCUUCUUUGCUGCUUAUUGUUGCCCAAUGCCGGUGUAGCACAACAGCGAACUCUGCAGAGCUCAUGGUGCAGCGGCAGGCUCUGGGAUGCGUGGCUACUGUAUUCCGUGCAAACCCUCAGCUGGGAUCCUCCGGUUCAGCCGCGAUGGGAGAGGCUCUUGCUGCUGCUGCUGCUGCUGCCGUUGCAGUACACCGGGUGCUGGGUUCAGAGCCCUGUCCGCGGACAGACAGAGGGCUCCAGCGUUAUGUGAAGCAACAGCAGCAGCAGCAGCAGCACUUUCUAGCCCUGGGCUUGGCAUCAGCUCAGCCAAAACACGUGGCACUCAUUAGAGCGCUCCUUUUGUCUAUCAAUUCCCUCUUGAGUGACCUGGCUAGAGCAAGGAGUGCCACAUCUCCUCAUAAUGCUGAAAGGAGAGGCCUGUGCACAGCAGCAGACGCUGCGGGACUUCCUGCCUCUGCAGCAGCUCCCCUUGGUGCAGAGGGGGAGUUGAGUAUUGAGCUGCUGCUACUGUUGCUGCCUCUCGCGCUGGCGCAGCCGCUUGCUGCUUCACCUGCCACGCUGCAGCAACCGCGGCAGCUGCGGAACACUGCCGCUGCAGCAGGGUGGGGUUCUUCCUGUGGCCUGACGACGGACUUCGCCUCGACACAAGAGAGCGAUGCAGACGGCAGCAAGAGGCGCGAUUCCCCCGUUACUGCUGCUGCAUCUUGUGCUGCUCGCCAUCUUCCAGCGGGUUUUAGCUGGAGGAGGGGUCCUGCCUCUCGGGCUGUGGGAAGCUGCCUCUCAGUCAGGGCCUCCUGCUCCGAGGAGGAGGCGCCUAGUGCAGCCACAGAUGCGGGAUAUCGCUCCCCUUCUGUGCGCGUCGAGUGUUUGCGAUGCAUUGAGGGGCUGCUGCGGCUGUGCGGCAGAGAGCUGCUCCCGUAUUGGGGUUUACUGUUGCGCUGCAGGAGGCCCCCGUUGCUGCCGCCAUCGCUCCCAGGCUGGAGCGCUGAAGGCUGUCGCUUGUUCCGCAGCGGCGCCCCCUCCGCAGCGACACAGGCCCCCGGGGACUCAAGAAUGCGGGGAGCGCUACCCCAAAGACAGCCAGAAACAGCGGCACUUGCUGCUGCAGCGGAAACAAGAGCAACAGACGAGUGGCUAUAUCGGCUACUGGGGCUGGAGCGAACGGAACAGCUUGAGCUGCCCUGGAGCUCUCUUGUCACUUCCAGUGAGGGUCCUAAGGUGAGUAGAGCAGCCGUGAAUUGUGUCUGCGCUCUCUUGGAGGCGUCGCCCCUGCGACAGUGGCCCGCCCCUGCAUCUUCCUGCGCCCUUUGCGGCCCUGAGGCUGUGCUAUUGGAGGAGGCGGACUGGGGCCGUCUUGCGGGGCUGCUGGGCUUUGCAGGAUCGGGAGGGUGCAUGGGCGGCCUCGGGGCUGCGCGCAGCCACAGCCUCAGAUGCGCUUCGUCGCCAGCUCGUCAGCAGCAACCCGCUGCCAGCUUAGGUUCCUUUACAUCGCUCUCCCACACUGUAAGGCAGGGCGCGCGCUGCGCUCUCGCAUGCCUCCUAGGAGUCGUUCGCUGGGGGCUGACAGAGGAGCCACCCGACUCGGUGAUCCCCUAUUCCAAGCAACAGCCCGCGGCGUGCUUUAAAGAUGGAACUAACGCUCCACAGGUGGCGGCAUCUCCCCCCAGUAAUGAACGUACGUGUGCUUCACCUGCGGCUCCUUCAGCCCCCACUGCCGAAGAAGCAGCAAAACCGGAAGCACGAACAGCACCUACUGCAGCAGAAGCAGCAGGUGUUGACGCAAUGCAGCAGCAGCAGAACCGAAUAAGGCCACCAGGGGACAGUAUAUACACCUCACCGUCUUCUGAAAGGGCCCAAGCACCUAGCCAGGCCGUAGCGGCCCUUAGGGGGUUGGCUGAAACUCUUCCAGCUCUACCUGCAGGUCUCUUGGAGCCCGGCGUCGCGGCCGCUGCACUUCGUCUUGCCCACCCCUUGAUGAUGCUGCUUGCGGAGACCCUUGAUGCCCAGCUUGAGGAGCAGCAGCUGCUGCUGCUCCAGCGGGCCUCGCAUCUGCACCAAGAUCUACCCUGCUGUUUCUGUUUCAACAAACAAGAAACAGAAGCCGCCGCCACCGAGUGCGGGGCUCUUGCCACACCUGCUGCCGUUGUUGCACGACGCAGCAAAGCAGCGGUAGUAGCAGCAGCAGCACUACCACCACAACCAACAGCUGCAGCCAUUGCUGGUGGUGGUGGGCCGCCCACCCAGCAGCCGGACAAACGCAUAUUCUCUGGAUUCUCCGCAGCAUCGACGCAGACGAUAAAAGCUGCAGAGAACGCCAAGCGUGAACGGGAUGCGCCAGAUGGCUUUGAGGCCUUUGCUGGGAAGGUGUUGGCCAGAGGACCGUUGGCUCUGAGGCUGCUGAUUCCAACCCUUUCUAUGAUUGCUGCUGUCGUGGGAGGCAAAGAGCGGCAGCCCCAAAUUGCUGAGGCGCUGCUGGUCCCUCUGGAGAGGCGGGCGAGCGCUGCUGGUCCUUCUUGUCUAGUGUGGCUCCUUUGCAGGGCCCUGCAGACGCUGCUGUCCCUCCGCGGCAGCUGUUGUGCCUCUCCAGUGCCGCCUGUCCUUGAAAGGCGUUUUGUUCACUUCUUCACAGACCACGCCCUAGGGGGGCCUCAGGGCAUACACCAAGGAGCUGGCUGUGGUGGAAGCCCAUCGUCAGAUAGCCAACAGGGGAUAGCUCUUCCCACUAGGCGUUGCAUCUGCGAUGCAGCCGCGUGCAGCGGGUGGGCGGGUUUUGCAGCGGGAAAAGAGAAGAAGGGGCUGUGCAGCAGCUGCGCGCGACAGGGACAGGCGCUCUUCGGAGGAUUGUUUGCGGCGUUGCUGGCCACUAGUCGCCAGUACCCUCAAGCAUUGCUUUUAUUGCUGCUGUUAGAGGAAGGCCACGUGAGCGGUAAUCAACCUUGCCCAGCUAGUCGACUCUUCAGAGACAGCGAAGGCCCUUUCCUUGGAGUAUUGCGCGGCCUGCUGGCUGCGCCCUGUCUUUCCCUCCGCUGCAGAGGGGUCCAAUUGGCUCUCGAAGUCCUGUCCUCCACUGCACCAGAGCCGUUGAAAGAGUCUUGCAGAAUUCCCUUAGGGACUCAGACUCGCGACGGUCUCUCCUUCAGGGCCUCUGAUGCGAUCCCUGAGUCUCCUCCCAGCGAGCCCGUCCUAUGCAGACAACGCGCAGCUCUUGUGACGCUGCUGCAGGCGCAUCUCAUCACUCCGCUGCUCACAGGGAGAGCCCCAACAACUGAAUUGACACAUUAUGUCCCGCAGGGGCAGCAGCAACAACAACAGCAGGAGCUCCAGCAGGAGCCGCGCCAGGAGCAGGGACAGCAACAGCAGCAACAGCAGCAGCAGGAAAAGCAACAACAUCAACAGGAGCAGCAGCAGCGCUCGGACCUGCUGGUGAGCGCAUGCAUGUUCCUGUGCCGUUUAACACGGGAGGAGUGGCGGCGGUGCGGCCUUCUUAGCGUAGAGGUACUGGGGGCUUUGCGGGACCUAAUAGCAGCGGGAAGGCCCCGCAACCUUCGGAUCGCUGCUGCGACGGCCUUAGGGGCAUUCGCAGCGCAGACCAGGGGCCUGCAACAGCAACAGCAAAGUGCCGCUGAUUCUCCGGAUGGAGAGGAAGCAGCAGCACGCACGCCAGCUAAUGCAGGACAGGAUGGAGCACAGCCCCAAGAAUGCCAACGAUUUGAAGCAGACUCUCUGCUUAGCGAUUCCUUAAGACUCUUGCUGGUGCAGCUCGAAGAUCCUUUUCACGACGUCCGCUCUGCGGCACUCGGCGCCCUGUGCGAGGCAGCCGGGGCCGUGCAGCAGCAGCAGCGGCAGCAACAGGAGCUGGAGCUGCAACAGCAGCCAGGGGACCUGAGCUACUGCGUACGGGUUGCAGGAGGGGAUCUUUGGGUGGAUGCUUUGAAGGGCAUUAAUGACCUUUUGGAGCAGCAGCAGCAGCAAACCAAUGGGUCUGCAGCAGCUGCGGUGGGUCUGCGAGCAAUUGGGGCGGUGGCACCCCUUGUGCUACUGCUUUCUCUUGAUGAGGCGGCACGGCCCCUCGAAGCCAAGAGCGGCAUACGCAGUGCAUGCAGAUGGCCUGCUGAGGAGGUUGCCCAAGUGACAGGCGACAGGGGAGGAAGCGCUUUAAAUGCAUGCAGGCAGGGACCACUAGAGGAGUUAAUGCGUUCUUUGGCGGCGCUGGCCUCCGUGCUGCUCUCCCUAAGAGGAGAGGAAGCUGUUUCACUGGUCGGCCCGCACAAGCUACUUAGCAGGGAGCAGAGGGAGGUCACCGGCCCUACAAGCGACGGCAGCAGCUGCUGCAGGGAAACUAAAGAGGCAGACCCAUCACGCGCGCCACACCAGUCACACGCUGCUGGUGCUGCUGCGGUUUCUGCCGCUGGUGGGGGUCUUAAGCAGCUGAAGCUGCAGUGGAACGCAUGCAACAGCAUCCGGGUUCUCUACUCUGCGCCUGCAGCUUCCCGCCUCAUUACUACCGACUGUAGCAGGUUUUUCGUGCCGCUUUGGCGGGGGAUCUGCAUCUGUUUGAGCGCUUCCCACCUGACUAAGGUACGCAGUCACGCUGCAGCUGCGCUGGAGGCCAUGCUAGAGUUGCUGGGUCCUGCUGCUUCUCAUCGGAAGCUGCCCCUCGUGUCUGGCGAUACACCUCAGCUGCACUGCGUUGGCUGUGUCACACCUAUGCUCAAAGAGGCGUGGGAGGCACUAGCAGCUGCAGCGACGGAGGCAAGGAUUAAAGGACCACCACACGGCGAGGAGCGCUGGCGUCUGGGCCGCGGUGCACCGCCACCUCGUCGGCAGGAAUGCUUGCAGUCAAAGCUGCGAGAUUUAAUGGAGGGGAGUUUGCUGCAGCGUACGCAGGAGGUCCUAGAAGCUUGUGGAGCUCCGCCUGCCCGCACCCCCGUCAGCGCAAUGCAUCCUUCUUUCCCUCCAAAGCCACAGAGCCCCGCCGGGCCCCACACGAAUCCCAACUCCACUUGGGAGCCACAGUGCAGCUGCUCGCAUAGGUUGGGGGGAUCGUAUACAGGUUCUGCCGCGUUAGAGGCCCUUAGGCAAGCAGUAGAGGCGGCAAUGGAGGGCGUAUUCGGAGCUCCCCAGCUGCAUGACAGAGAAGCCUUGAUUUAG